AUGGCAUCAAUAGCACUCACGUUAUGUUUUAUAUCCGUAGCAAGCUUACUCUUAUCUCUGUCCCAGCUUGCGUUUCUGGGAAAACAAUCCGUUCAGCUUCCCCUUCAUGCUGAGCAGAUACUGCAGAAAUGCUAUAUGCUACACGCAAAGCCUGGCCCACCUUCUAACUUUCACCAACGCACCGAGUCAGACCGUUUCGUCGAAGGAACCCACGCGACUCUGAUUAGAAAUGCGUCCAUAUGGACUGGCGAUCAAGAGAUCACGCAGGGGGAUAUUUUGCUCGACAAGGGUAUCAUCAAAUUUGUUGGGCAUGCAAGCCCAAGUAUGUUCAACAAGUUUAAGGACUUGGUCACAUUGGAUGCAGGCGGAAGUUGGGUCACACCUGGGAUAGUCGACCUUCAUUCCCACCUGGGCGUCGACAGUGCCCCAUACCUAAGUGGCGCAGGCGAUACUAAUUCAUUGAAGGGUCCUGUCUUACCCUGGCUCCGCAGCCUCGAUGGGCUCAAUACCCACGACGACGCCUACAGGCUCAGCAUAUCCGGUGGCGUAACUACCGCAAAUGUUCUCCCUGGCUCUGCUAAUGCCAUUGGUGGCCAGGCCUUCGUUAUCAAGCUUCGUCCCACUGCAGAACGUUCUCCCUCAUCUAUGCUCCUGGAACCACCCUAUACUCUUAAUGGCACACAUGUUGAUCCGACCUUGCCACCAAGAUGGAGACAAAUGAAACACGCGUGCGGCGAGAAUCCCAGUCGUGUAUACGGUAACACGCGUAUGGAUACUUUUUGGGCUUUCCGACAGGCAUAUGACACUGCUCGGCAAAUUAAAGAGCAACAGGACGCGUAUUGCACUCGUGCGCUAGCAGGUGAAUGGGAAGACCUCGGCGAGUUCCCGGACAACCUACAGUGGGAAGCGCUUGUCGAUGUAUUGCGCGGGCGUGUCAAGGUUCACACGCAUUGCUAUGAGACAGUUGAUCUAGAUGACUUUGUCCGUCUUACCAACGAAUUCCAAUUCCCGAUCGCUGCAUUCCACCAUGCUCAUGAGACAUACCUUGUCCCAGGGACUCUCAAGCAGGCAUAUGGUAUAACCCCUGCGGCAGCCUUGUUCGCUACGAAUGCCCGGUACAAGCGUGAGGCUUACCGCGGGUCGGAAUUCGCUCCGCGUAUUCUGGCCGAGAAUGGGAUUGAUGUCGUGAUGAAGAGUGACCAUCCUGUCCUCAACUCUCGCUUCUUGUUAUACGAGGCGCAGCAAGCAUACUUGUAUGGCCUUCCGGCGAACCUUGCUCUUGCAUCUGUGACGUCGACGCCCGCACGUAUUAUGGGGCAGGACCAUCGGAUUGGAUUCGUGCGUGAAGGAUAUGAUGCUGAUCUUGUCGUCUGGGAUAGCCACCCUCUUGCACUAGGUACAACGCCGCAACAAGUCUGGAUUGACGGCAUCCCCCAACUUUCUGAGCCCGCCGUCGCCUCCAAACCCGUGUCCUUCCAACAGGUUCCACGCGCACCAAACUUCGAUCUCGAGGCUGCCGCGGCUAUCAAGCAUGAAGGACUCCCACCCCUAAUGCCGAAAAAGGCAAAAGAUUUAGUGGUGUUUGCGAAUGUCAGUAGCAUGUAUGUGCCGGAUGGAGUGGGUGGUGUGAUGAGUGUGGCUGACAUGGGAGAGCGGGGUGUGGUAGCCCUCAGGAAGGGUGUAGUGCAAUGCUGGGGUGCUGCAGCUUGUGCGAGCGAAUUCGCCUCGCAAGAUGUCGAAUGGGUCGACCUUGAGGGCGGGUCUAUCGCUCCUGGACUUAUCUCCUACGGCUCCCCACUUGGUUUGGAGGAGAUCCAGGGCGAGAGCUCCACGCACGACGGCACUGUUUCCGACCCUCUCACCGGCUCUAUCCCAAGCAUCCUUGCGGGAAGCGAGCUCAUUAAGGCUUCGGAUGGUCUCCAGUUUGCUGGGCGCGACACGCUCCUCGCCUACCGCGCAGGCGUCACUGCAGGUGUUACUGCGCCAAGCUCAGAUGGCCUCAUUGCGGGACUGAGUACGGCGUUUAGCACUGGCGCAGCCCACAAACUCGAGGACGGGGCUGUCAUCCAAGAUGUUGUAGCACUGCAUGUGCAAAUUGGUCACUCAGAACGGGGACCGAGUGUUAGCACGCAAAUUGCAGCGCUAAGGAAUAUACUGCUGGGUGAUAAGAGUAGCACCACACAUUCUGAGGUUGCAAAGGGCACCAUACCCCUGGUUGUGCAAGUUCAGAAUGCGGAUAUCAUUGCUUCGCUUAUCGAGCUGAAGAAAGAGAUCCGCACGCGCACCGGGACUGAUAUUCAGCUCACUAUCUCAGGUGCUGCUGAGGCCCACCUUCUUGCCAAGGAACUUGGUGAGGCGAGAGUUGGUGUCAUCCUCACACCAUCCCGUCCCUUCCCUGAUGUCUGGGAGUCAAAGAGGAUAUUGCCUGGUCCGCCAUUGACCAAUGAGAGUGCUAUUACCACCCUCCUAGCUCAUGGUGUCACUGUUGGUAUUGGUAUCGCGGAGCAGUGGAGUGCUCGCAACACACGCUUCGACAUAGCAUGGGCUGCCCUUGAGAGUUUUGACAGGAUCUCAAAGGAACAAGCUCUCGCACUUGCAUCAGUCAAUCUUGAGAAGCUGUUGGGAGUCAAGCCCUCUGGAGCGCUCGGCGAUCUGGUCGUAACUCGUGGCGGCACAGUCCUCGACUCCGAAGCGAAAGUCGUCGGCAUCAUCUCAGCUCGCAGAGGCAUCGUCGACCUAAUCUAG